GUGUGUUUUGUCUUUGCUUCUUGUCAGACGAUGGCGGAUGACACGGAGGAUGUGGAGCUGGACUUUGCUGCUGACGAGCAGGAGAGGGCGCGGAGAAGCGCAGUCAUAAGACACCCUCUCGCCUCCUUUUUCCACCUGUUCUUCCGGGUGGUUGCCAUCGUCGCCUAUUUGCUGUGUGACUGGUUCAGUGAGAGCUUUGCCUCGUGUUUCGUCCUGAUCGUCGCUCUGCUCUCUUUUGACUUCUGGUCUGUCAAGAAUGUAACCGGCAGGCUGUUGGUGGGGCUGCGCUGGUGGAAUCAGAUUGACGAGGAUGGGAAGAGCCUCUGGGUGUUUGAGGCCAAAAAAACCUCCAGGGGCAAUAACAUCGGGACAGAGGCAGAGGCAAGGAUUUUCUGGCUGGGUCUCAUCAUCUGUCCGCUUAUAUGGACAUUCUUCUUCUUCACCUCCCUCUUCUCCCUGAAGAUUAAAUGGCUGUCACUUGUGGUAGCUAGUAUUUCCCUCCAAGUGGCUAAUCUCUAUGGUUACCUUCGCUGCAAGGCGGUGGGAGAGGACGGCCAGCCUCCAGACACCAGCUCUUUCACAGGACAGCACCUCCUGCAGCGUCCAGACAUCAUCUUUGGGAUGCUAUGA